CGUUGAAUCAUUCUUCCAUCCGAUAUCCUCGAUACCCUCAUGCCAGUCCGUCUCCGAUGACCACUCCUGCUCUCCUUCAGCCCUUUCUCUGGCGGACUGCCCUUACCAACCUACGCGGACUGGGCAUACUCACCCCUUGGCUGUUGCAGCUCUUGGCCACCGAUCUUUUGCUGUCGCUUCUCCUGCCCUGGUCAUUGCUGGCGCCCACUUCAGCAUACAACAUCUCUUCGUGGCUUGCCGGACUCGUCUGGCGUGGCAUACAAUUCAUUUUCACCUCGGUCAAUGGUGCCCGCAUUACCGUGUCCGGAGACCAAUUGCCCCAGCACGAAUCUGCCGUCGUCGUUUGCAAUCAUGUUUCAUGGAUCGACUUCUAUCUCAUUCAGCACCUGGCUGUGAGGUCUUUCAUGCUGGGUCGAUGUCGCUAUUUUGCAAAGCAGCAGCUCCGAUGGGUGCCUUUCCUCGGUUGGGGUCUGUGGGUGAUGGGUAUGCCGCUGAUCUCGAGGCGUUGGGACAAGGACCAAAGGGAGCUCGAUCGCGUCUUUCGGGGCCCCAAGGUCUAUCGAUGGCCCAUGUGGCUAAUUAGCUACAGCGAAGCCACUCGGUAUACUGCUCAGAAAUACUUGGAGACUGUACAGUGGUGCAAGGCGCACGGCAAGCCCAUUCCACGGUACACCCUCUAUCCACGAACCAAAGGGUUUGUGGCGACCAUCAAGGCUCUGGGUUCUGACAGCAGCGUCAAGGCGGUGUACGACCUGACUGUUGCGUACGCUCACAAUGGUCGAUUCCUGGAAGCACCAGACAUGUGGCAGACUAUUUCCCAGCCCAAUUUGAGUGAAGAAUGGCGGUUCCAUGUGCACGCCCAGCGGUUUGACAUUGAGGAACUGGCUGGUCGCAGCGACGAGGAAUUGGCAUCGUGGCUUGAAGAGCGAUGGAUGGCCAAAUCAGCUCUUUUGCAAGAAUUAAAGAAAAAGCUGGAAGACGGACAAGACUGGUCUCAGAGGAGCAAAAGCUCUAAUGUAGAGGUGCUGAGCACAUAGAUGGUCCCAGCUCAGCCCGAGGCGCUGGAAGUAAAUAUGGUCUGUCCAACAUGGCGUAGAUACUUGCAGGACUUUCAACAGAAGAGUAUGUUUAUUGUUGACAGGCAUACCUUGGAGCAUUGCCUGUCGCUGCAUAUCAAGGGUUCAAGUUGUUGACCUUGCACGAAGUGGAAUCUCGG